UAAUGACUUAUAGACAGUGGUUUGUAUGUGUGAGUAACUUGCCAUUUUUAUAAGGUGAAAACAUGUUUAUUAUCAGAUAAAUCAGUGUUUAACAAGUGUCUCGAAUGCAAUUAAGGGCCCGUGCAUAAACAUACUUUUUCAUGUACUGCUUAUGAAAGUGUUUGUCAUGUUUUUAAAUGGAUGAGUUUUUAAUGGGGUACUGUAAACAUGACAGACGUACAAAUUGUUUAUAUGUCGGUAGAGAAUAGGGCUAGCUAACAUUAAUUUAGAAACAUUGCGUUUGCAGCUAAUGUGAGCUACAGUAGCCUAGUAAAAAAGUAGUUAAAUAGUAGAAACGCCACAGUGGUCAGCUGUUGACACUUAAGAAAAUCAAUAAACCUGCCAUCAUGAAAUGCAGAUGGCUCCUCGUUUGUGACUUCUGCUAAACAUUGUGAUAUAAUUUGAAUGAUAUUGUAUUAGGGAAUGAAGUUAUGAACACCUGCUUGUUAAAUGGCCAUUAAUGCUCUUGCUUUUAAAGAAGGUAGCCCAGUGAGCACAAGCCCGAAUAUAGAUGCAGUCUAGACGUCAAAAGGGGUGGAAAUCUAGGUUGACAUGUUUUGACAUAAAGGAAUAGGUUAGCUCAGUUUAACCCUGAUUCAGUUCAGGUUUUACUUUCAUAUGGCCUUGAUAUGGAAGCUGGCUAACACUUUCACAUUGCAAUCAAAUCUAGCCGGUUAACUGAACAUCUAGAUGGUAUAACAUAAUACAGUCUAUACAUUUGUGAUAGACCAGCUAGAUUUGGUUGAAAUGUGAUAGUUUUCUAGCCGGCUAGGACAUAGGCAGGUUACAACAAGGUAAAAAAUGAGCGAAAUCGAGCUAACCUAGUCUGUUUAUGUGAAAACAUCUGUCAACUUAAAUUUCCAUUCCUCCAGUUAGAUACCAUCUGCAUUUGGUCUUGUGCUCACUGGCAGACAAACAAUACUCAUGCUUAAUCAUGAAACGAUACUAUGUGGAGUUUGCAUAUGAAAUGAUAGUGAAUGGAUUUCAGGAAUAUAAAUGAGUUCCCAGAAGUAUGAUACAGUUGCAAAAGCAAUAGUUUUAAAGUAGUAGGAACCCCCUCGAAACCAGGCUGGCUAACCACAACCAUAUGGCAGUCAAGUGCUAUGUAUGGGAGGUUGCGGUGGGUGCUGUGGGAUGUGAAGGACACCCUAUUGCGCGUCCGGAAGUCUGUGGGGGAGCAGUACUGCCAGGAAGCAAGGCGGGUGGGGCUCGCUGUCCCUGCCGCUGAGAUUGAAGCUGCCUUCCGCCGUGCCUAUCGCCAACAUUCUUGCCUCUACCCAAACUAUGGAAUGGCUCAGGGACUUGGCGGGCAGGCCUGGUGGGCAAGGGUGGUACAGAACACCUUCUCCCAGUGUGGGGUGAGGGACCAAGUCCUGCUUGAGAGAUUGGCUCAAAAUCUCUACCAUGGCUUCAGUGGGCCAGAGAACUGGGAGGUGUUCCCAGACUCAGAGAAGGCUCUGCGGGGCUGUGUGUCCUUAGGCUUGCAGCUUGGCGUCGUGUCCAACUUCGACAACCGCCUAGAAGGGAUUUUGCGUGGCUGCGGACUCCUGUCUUAUUUCAGCUUCCUGUUGACCUCUGAGAUGGCAGGGGUGGCCAAGCCUGACCCAGCAAUCUUUCGGCAGGCACUGCAGAGAUGUGGGGUGACAGCUACAAGUGUGGCACACGUUGGGGACCAUUAUAUCAAUGACUACCGCACUGCACAGUCCUUGGGCAUCCACGGAUACCUGAUUGACAGGAGCGAUGGAACUAGCCAAACAGAGGUUCCCGCUCAGUACCGACUGUGCUCCCUGGAUGAACUACCAAUGCGACUUCAGCAAGAUACACAUUGAAAAGUCCUCCUCCAGGGUCUGCAGUGGGCUGUAAUGGGAAUUUUUUAAAGUUACUUAAUUUUUGAAAACAUUGUGAAAGAUUAUUUCAUGGCCUCAAUUGAAAUUACUGUUCAGUGGAAGAACUCUGACCCAGUAUUGGGAGGAGUUUACUUUUGUCAGACAUAAAUAUGUGCAUAUUUUACAUAUACCUGCAGCAUUUGAGAGCAUCAUAGAACAGCGCAUUCCUCAGAAUAGCCACACUCAAAAACUAAGUAGCAGAAUUUGAACAUAUCUGGACCUCAUUUCCUUAAAUUCAUAAAACCCUUUUGCCUGAGUACCAACUAGCUCCAGUAUGCAUACCACCAGUCAUAUAAUUGUUUUUUAACCUAGCCUAACCUAGCACUACACACUUAUUCAUGCACAAACACCUUUUACCUUUUAUCACAUACACAUUUUUUCUUUUACCACUUCCCCGUUUCCCCUUCAAUGUGUGUCCUUUCCAUGUCUAUCUAUGUCUGUCUUUUCUGGUUGUUCAGUCUGUGUAUGUCUGUCUGUGAUUGUGCCCCCACCCCCCUCCAAUAUUAAUUUACUUUUCUUCUUUUUUUUCCUUUUCUUUUUUUUGUGUUGUUUCAUCAGUUUCAUAAUUUCGUUUGCUAACUUCAGUUUUUGUUAUACCUUUCUGUCUGAGGCCUCUGCACAUCAUUUUGUAAAUUAUAAUUGUAUAUAAAAAUAAAGUUGUCCUUCGAAGAGGAGGGGAUGGUGGCAAGGGAUUUUUUUAAAAGAAUAUUGCAUCAAGUGUGUCUAAAUGAAACAGUGAUUCAGCACAAGUCUGCUUCUACAUAUCCUAUAUUACUGGACAUAAUUUAUUCAUAACAGCAGCGCAACGGAUGUCGACUGAGAAAAUAAACCUUCUAUUACUAUA